CCACGCCGAGCACAAGCUCGCGUCGCGUCACGUGCGCACUCGCACUACGCUCAUUCACUGACCCAUUACUCAGCUCACCAACUCCAGAUCUCAUGGCGCCCUCGCGCUGCCACCGCCCCGUCCUCCUCCCCACGACCAUGGCCACGGUCUGCCUCCUCCUCGCGCUCUGCGCCGCGCCGGCGCCGGCCCACGCCGCGCGCGCCCUGACUCCGGGCCGCGCGGGCGCGGUCACCAAGGCGCAGCAGGGGGGCGGCAGCGGCAGCAACGCGACGGCGGCGGCGGACGAGUACCUGGCGCCGCACAACCAGGCGCGCUCGGCGGUGGGCGUGCCCCCGCUGCGGUGGAGCGCGGACCUGGCGUCGACCGCGGCGGCGGUGGUGGCGCAGCAGCAGCGGCAGGUCGGGUGCGCGUUCGUGGACAUGGGCGGCAGCCCCUACGGCGCGAACCAGGGGUGGGCGAGCUACCGCGCGCGGCCCGCCGAGGUGGUGGCGUUGUGGGUGGCGGAGGGGCGCUACUACACCCACGCCAACAACACGUGCGCUGCGGGGCGGCAGUGCGGCACCUACACGCAGGUGGUGUGGCGCCGCUCCGCCGAGGUCGGGUGCGCGCAGGCCACCUGCGCUACCGGCGCCACGCUCACGCUCUGCCUCUACAACCCGCACGGCAACGUGCAGGGCCAGAGCCCCUACUAGCUUACUAGCUCUCCGUGGCGAGCGUCAGGUUGGUGGUGCUCCCUCCUGUUGAGCCGCCGGCGCCGGAGCGAGAUGCAGCAUGGUUAGUGUAAGAGACGCCUAGUACGUACCUCUAGCCUCUAGUCCUUUCCGUUACGGUCACGGUUUGCCUUUUGUGUUGGUGGUGUGUGAUCCGGUGGUGUUCUUGGUGUUCAGAACUGCUUUGGUUAACAUGUGUUGCACUGGGAGACGCUUGUUAUGCGAUGCUGCUUCCUGUUCCUUACGAA